AGCAGUGAUACUAUUCAGUAAAAGAAAUCAAAUUUAAAAGCAAACAACCCAAACCCAACGUGGAAAACAAAUUUAGUUUAAAGUUUGUACCUUAAAGUGUCCCAUUUCCGUAGCUUAAUCUAAUACAUUAAACUUUAGUCUAGCAUUUGUCUCGAAGCUAACUAAUGUGAUUGGUAAUAGAGUAUGCCGUCCUCGUCAGUGUAAAGAGCAAAAUAAAACAACAGCCACACAUAACUACAGUUGCAAGUUGCAGCAUCAAAUUUAAUGGCCAAUUCAGAAAUCCCAACCAUUGACCUUUCUCCUUUCUUCAACCUAGUUGAUGAUGAUGAGAAGGGCAAGAAGAAAGUUAAAGAUGCGAUCAGCGAAGCUUGCUCUGAAUAUGGUUUUUUCCAGGUGGUGAAUCAUGGGGUGCCCCUGAAUCUGCUCAACAAAGCAAUGGAAUUUUCGAAGACAUAUUUCAGGUUCCCAGAUGAAGAGAAGCUCUUGUGCAGUCCUAAAUCAGGUGCACCUCUUCCGGCGGGUUAUAGCAAGCAGCCGGAGAUCUCACCGGAUAAGAACGAGUACAUUCUGAUGUUUCCUCCUCAUUCCGGCAACAAUUUGUUGCCUGGAAAUCCACCCGGAUUCAAGGAAUCAAUGGAAGAGCUAUUCAUUUAUUUCUCCAAGGUUGGUGAACUUAUAGAGAGCAUCAUAAAUGAAUGUCUUGGUCUUCCCAACAAUUUUCUCAAAGAGUACAAUGAUGAUCGGAGUUGGGAUUUUAUGGUGGCCUUGCAUUAUUUUCCAGCAACUGAGAAAGAAAAUAAUGGAAUAACUGAGCAUGAAGAUGGAAAUUGCAUUACUUUUGUGGUUCAAGAUGAAGCUGGUGGCCUUGAAGUUCGAAAGAAUGGUCAAUGGAUUCCUGUCAUUCCUGAACCUGGCAAAAUAGUGGUGAACAUAAGCGAUGUGAUUCAGGUGCUGAGUAACAACAAAUUUAAAAGUACUACUCACAGAGUGGUAAGGCCAAAAGGAAGAAGCAGGCAUUCAUUCGCAUUUUUCUACAAUUUAGUUGGUGACAAAUGGGUGGAACCAUUACCACAAUUCACUACAGAGAUUGCGGAGCCAGCAAAAUACAGAGGAUUUUUCUUCAAGGAUUACCAGGCUUUGAGAUUGAGGAACAAGACUCAUCCUCCUUCUAACCCUGAAGAUGUCAUCCACAUCACUCAUUAUGCAAUUUCAACCCCAUAAAAUUAUUUCUCUCCCGUCCCAGAAAAAUAAUCCGAUUUGUUGAACUAAAGCAGUAUAUUAAACUGGAGGUAUUUUAUAGGUUGGAAGGAGUACUAAAUUCAUGUAUGUGAUCAAUAUUUGACCAGAGACUACUUUCAUCAUUAAAGUAUAUUGAGGGCAGAGUUGUAAAUGGUGUAGCCUCCAUCAACACAUAGAUUAUGUCCACUCACACACUUAGCAUCAUCACUAGCUAAGUAAAGUGCUGCUUGAGCAACAUCCUCAGCUUCCCAAAUUACUCCUUUAAGAUUGGCACUUGAAUUCAAGGCAUUUUGAAGAACAUCUCCUCCCUCAUCCCCAAAAAAUCUCUUAGAUAGAGGCGUCACGACGCCAGAUGGCGACACACAGUUGACCCGAAUGCCGUAUUUCCCAAGCUCAACUGCCAAGUUUUUUGUUAGGCCUAAAACAGGAUGCUGCGCCACCAAGGGAUGAAGUUACGCUGCCAGUGGAUACUAUGCAUCCGCUUCGCAAUGGAAUCAUUACUCGAGCUGCAUGCUUCAUCCCGAGAAAAACUCCUACUAAAUUCACCCCAAUAACCCGCUCGAAUUCUGUCUUUUCAUUAUUCACUAUCUGAGGUUGUCUGAAUGUCGUGUUGCGAUAGUUCCCGUGUUGUUAAACAUGAUGUCCAGUUUUCCAUAAGUCGCAACUGCUUUGUCAACAGCUCCUUCGAUGUGAUCCUCAUUGGCUACAUCACAAUGAAUGUAGAAGCUGUUUGAUGAACCUAAACUCUUGCUUAAUGUUUGUCCAAGGUUGUAUUGGAUGUCGGCAAUCACAACUUUCGCGCCAUGAUUCCCGAAUAAUUUCGCCGAAGCUUCUCCAAUUCCACUAGCUCCUCCAGUGAUCAGAGCUACCUUUCCUGCUAACCUGCGAAACGUAUAGGAAUCACUAAUCUCGCUCUUUAUAAGACAAAAUUAAUUCAGCAAAAUAUUGACCAAUUAUGCUUUUCCAUUUUUCUUUCCUAGCAUCGCUCUACCAUUAAGAGGAAUCUCUCUAAACUUUAUUAUUAUUAUUUUUUAAUCUGAGCAACAAAAAUCAACCAAGAAUAAACAAAAGAAAAAUUAUCAGGGAUAAUUCACCAAAAAACAGAAGAAAAAUCAUGAGAAUGUUGUUCACUCAAUAUCUGUACUUACCAUAUGUAGAUUAUGGUAAUCGGGGAUGAACACAUUACCUUCUGUAAGCUACUGAAAGUGACGAACUGGCUGCCAUCGCUACUGAGAUUUGAGAGAAUCACUAAAAAUGCCUUUGGUCCACCAAAGAUAAUAAUUAAGUCCAAGGCAUCUAUGCAAGUAUAAUUGGGUUGUGGCUCAAAAUUGAUUCCUACAAAGUAUGAUAAAAUGUCCCCAUUGACUUGAGUGCGGUCCACCCCGCAGAAUGAAUCUCAGUCAUU